UCAAGUGCAGCAUCAGCUUGGCUCUGAUGCUGGCACGGCACUGCCAAUCUUGCUGAAAUGCCUUCGGCACAACGAGUGCCAUGUUUUACAUCAGGCCACCCGUCGUCUUCAUUUGCAAGGGCCUUGUGGAGGUGCCCUGUCUUCUACGCCACUCUGCUGGUUUGGCUGCCAGCGGCCGCCAUCAGGAACGACGAUGACGACGUGAAUCAGCUCAGCCCGUUCGCUAGCUCAGUGCUGGACCAAGAGUCUUGGGAGCAGGAGGCUGUGAACAUGUCGGCAGCGCUGGCAGCUUUGACCCCAAUAUGCGGCCAUGUCACCAACUUCGGCACGCAGGGCUACAAACUGCACUGCGACAACGUGCUGAAAUCGAUCCGAGAGGUAUUUCAGGUUCCGAACCCAGAGGAGAUCCUGGACGAGAGCCACAUAGAUCUUUCUGAGGCUGAGAAAGGCACCGGCAGGAGCGGAGCGAUGAUGAUUUUCAGCAGCGACAAGCGAUAUAUCAUUAAGACCAUGUCAGCACGCGACAUUGGCGCUUUUGCCCCGAUUGUCCAUCAGUACGCCAACCACGUCAAAAAUCAUGCAAGCACGACCAUGAUGAUGCGAUAUUACGCCUUGAUGGAGGACGAUGCUGGCAAGUUCUGGAUCAUUGCGAACAAUUGGCUGCCGGUGAAGUUCCCCAUCACUUGGGACUUGAAAGGCUCCACUGCGGGGCGAAUCAGCGGGGACACCAGCAGUUCGCAAAAGGACAAGGACUGGACAGGCCAGGAGAAGGCCAUCGCCUUGUCGCCCAGCCAGCGGGACGAGGUGCUGCAUGCCGUUGACUCUGAUGCGCUCAUGCUGGCAAACGCGGGCCUGCUGGAUUACUCUCUCAUAGUUGGCCUGCUGGUUUACGAGCUUGAGUCCUGCAAGAAGGAUUCGUGCGUCGCGCCAGUCUGCCACCCGGAGGCAGGCUGUGGCGAAGCCGGCUACAGCCUCGGGGACUUUUUCAAGAGCAUCAAGGAGUUCUACUGCGCCGGUGGAAAAGUGAAGCAAAGGGCAUUGGGGCACACCUGUAUGGGGGGCCUGACUAGGGGCUUGAAGGUCUACUUCACAUGCUUUGGCAUGAUUGACCUGCUGAAGCCCUACGAUGCGAAGACCAAGGCAGAGUAUGUUGUCACUGCCGGCUGGGCGCGCGAGACCUCUGCGCAGCCGCCGGACACAUACGCGAAUCGCUUCAGGAAGUUCAUGUACGACAAGGUCUUCUCCAAAGACAUCUCAGAGAAGACGGCGCCACUGAUCCUCACGGACCAAACUUGUGCUGCUUGGGGCAGCAAGCUGCCGAGCUCCAAGAAGGAGGGCUUCCCCGUGAUCACUGUGAGCUGCGUAGUGCUGGGCCUUUUGGGUGGCAUCGCCCUGGCCGCCUGGUACAUGCGCCAAAAGCCCGCGCAGGGCGAGGUGGGAGGGGAAACGCUGCAUGCGUACCAGCCGGAUAUGUACAACGCGUACAACCCUCAAGGCGGCAACGGCCAUGACUACUCCCAGCACCAACAAGCACAACAACCAGGCGGCUACCUGCAGCCGCAGCCAGCUUACCCGGGCUUCACAGGCUACGCAGGUCAGGCUGCUUAGGGAUGCGCUAUGCGCAGAAGCCUGCCAGAGCGCAACUGGUGCUCAGGGUGAAUGCCAUGGAGCAAAAGUGACGCGAUGGGAGUUGAUUUGGGCUUUAAAGUCAGAGUCUAAGACUUGGAAGACUUAGAGAAUCGCCCCUCCCCCGCGAUCGCCCGAAUGAGAAGGCGAGCGUCAGAUCAAUGUGACUCGCACCAUUGGGGGUCCAAAGUUCUUGCCGGAAAGGGUUGAGGUCGGGCGCCAGGCA